UCCAAGACAAAGACCAGACCAGAGCAGGACAGCGAAAAUCUAGAAACUUGCAAGAGCAGCGUUGACCUCGGCCGGAGAUCGAAAGCGAAGCCCGACCGUCCACCCCAUGGCGCCGCUCCCCAGCCUCCUGGCGAGCGCCCUGCUGGCCCUCGCGGCCGCCGCGUCGCCGUCGUGGCUGGCGGCCGUCCGGUCGAGCGACACGAACGGCGCGUACUCGACGUGCGCGGACACCACCGUGCAGCGAUCGGACGGGUUCAGCUUCGCCAUAGCGUUCGCCGCGAGGACCGCCUUCUUCUUCAACAGCACCCAGCAGCUCUCCCCCUGCGACAGCAGGCUCUCCCUCUCCUCCUCCGGCUCCCAGAUCGCCGUCUUCCGCCCCAAGGUCGACGAGAUCUCCCUCCUCACCAUCAACACCUCCUCCUUCUCCCCGGACACUAGUGGUGGCUACAUGGUUGCAUUUGCUGGUCGGAAAUAUGCUGCAAGGUCUCUCCCUGCUUUUGUUGCCAACAGCACGUACACAGUGACCAGCUUCACUCUUGUGCUUGAGUUUCAGAAGGGAAGGCUGCAAAACCUGUACUGGAAAAGAGAUGGGUGUUCUUCAUGUUCAGGAAACUCAAACUUUGUCUGCCUAAAUAAUCAAGACUGUGCACUCAAAACAUCCGACUGUAAAAAUCGUGGAGGCUCAGUAGAUUGCAGCCUUGGGAUUCAACUGGCGUUUUCAGGGACAGAUAAGCACUUCAAAGUACUCAAUUCUUGGUAUGAAGUCGAAAAACUUCGCCAAUACUCGCUCUAUGGACUUUAUUCAAAUCUAAAAGACUCUCUAACUAGUCAGUAUAACAAAAUAUUCUAAAUGUUCUCAUGCUCAACUUUCUAUAGAUUUCUCGUGGUCGAUGCAAUCUUGUUGUACAUUUGUGUUUAUAACUAUCUCCAUGUUUUUGUUGGAAUUUUUGUACUGAAAUAGUAUGAUGCUGGGGCUAGUUCUUUCUUGCCUCCUAUUUUUUUUGUCCUCCUGCUACCGUGAGGACUUGUUGACAAUUUAUGUAAGCUACCUUAAUGAGUUGAAGUUGUUUGGACCAUGUUCAUAGUGGUAUUGGCUAUUUUUGAGGUA